AUGCCCAGAUCGAAAAGAGUCCGGGCUAACGGGCCCCAGCGCGGUGAUGGGCCUGGCUUCAGAGGAGCGCGGAAAAUGCACGCGUUUUCGAGAUUAUCUACAUCUGCGGGGCCAUCUUCGACAUCUAAGACCCAGAAGAGUGGCAUUGGCAACAAUGGUACAGCGGAGAAGAACAAAAAGAAUCCGGCCCAACAUCGACGGCCUAUUGUCCCAUUCGGACGGAGAGACCGUAUCCUACUUGUGGGUGAGGGGGACUUCUCAUUUGCUCGCUCUCUAGCAGUGCAGCACCGUUGCAGGAAUAUCCUGGCCACAUGCUACGACUCAGAAGAGAUGCUAUACAGCAAAUAUCCACAAGCUAAACAGCAUGUCCAGGAUCUUCUUAGCUCGUUCUCUAAUAAGAAAAAACAGAGUGAUCCUGAUGGAUCUGAGACGGAGAAGGAAAGCACUCGGGGAAAAAAGGAAGCCGGAGAGCAGUCUGAUAAGAAACAAGACUGCAAGCGUCGGGCUCCGAACUUACUCUUCGCAGUUGAUGCGCGAAAACUCGGAUCUCCCGCCGGAGGUGGGAAGGAUGUCCGCACAGGCUUUGCACGCCGCGAGCGCAAACGUCCUGCUUGGCAGGAAAAUAGGCAGAAGAUGGAGCCAGCGCCGACUACAGGUGGUCCUUGGGAUAUCAUAUGUUUCAACUUCCCACACGUCGGUGGCCUAUCAACGGACGUGAAUCGACAGGUUCGCUCAAACCAGGAAUUACUUGUCGCCUUUUUCAAGGCCUGCGUGCCACUGUUGUCGGCCCGUCCGCAAGUCUUGAACGGCGAUGAUGAUGAUGAAGACGACGAAGAGGAUGACAGUCGGAGCUCAAGUGAAGACAGUGAAUCAGACUCGGGCGAGCAGGAUGAUCAGGAUAUCCUCGCCCAUGGACGGCGAAGUAGAUACAGGACCGAGCCAGGACAGAUUUUAGUGACCAUGUUUGAAGGCGAGCCUUACACCCUAUGGAAUAUCAAGGAUCUUGCACGGCACGCCGGUUUGCGGGUGGUCACGAGUUUUAGAUUUCCGUGGAGCUCUUACCACGGAUACUCCCACGCUCGAACCCUCGGCGAGAUCGAAGGAAAGCAUGGGGGAAGAGGGGGCUGGAGGGGAGAAGACCGCGAGGCAAGAAUGUAUGUCUUUGAGGUCAGGCAAGAAGAUCAAGUUGCACCGCCGAAGAAUCCGCAGGCUACUAGACUGGACACUAAGGGAAAGAAUAAGAAAAGGUCAAGGGACUCGUCCGAUAGUGAAGAUAGCGACUAA